AUGCGAGGCAUAAAUCUUCAAUCCAGUUACAGAGUAACACCUAAUGAUGAAGAACCUUAUAGAUCGGUGGGGGCGGUGGUCACGGAAGUUGAACUUGACAUUUUAACAGGAGAACAUGAAAUUUUAAGGGUCGACAUUAUGCAAGAUGUUGGUUUGAGUAUAAAUCCACAAUUGGACAUCGGGCAGAUAGAGGGGGCGUUUAUUAUGGGAACUGGUUAUUGGACUUGUGAGCACUUGAUGUAUGAUAAUAAAACUGGAGAAUUGAUCACUGAUCGGGCUUGGAAUUAUCAUGUGCCUCUAGCUAAAGAUAUACCUAUUGACUUCAGAAUUAAGCUGCGAAAAAAUUCAUUCAAUCCAGUUGGUACUUUGGGAGCUAAAUCGGUGACAGAACCACCUACAUGCUUGGCAGUCAGUGUAGCUUUUGCUUUAAGGGAAGCUAUAGUUGCAUCGCGCGAAGAUACUGGGUAUUCAAGGACGGAGUGGUUUGAAGUUGGUAAGGCAAUAAGCAAUGUUGAUUAG